CUAAAAGUAACGUCUACCUUAAAUAAUCGUUAACUACACUGUGACAUGACACGUUUGUAUUUAUUGGUAUUAUUAACAACGAGUGAGAAGUAUGAAAAUUUAGAUCCAACAAGAUGAAAGAAUUGAAAAGAAUGAAAGUUGAUCCUGUUUAAUCUUGCUUCAGAGUAAGUUAAUUAAGUUCGUGUCUAACGCGAUGAGAAGAGGUAAUUCCUUGUUAAACAGAUUGUCUAAAAUCUUAUGAGUAAAAUGAAUAAACGUCGGAAUUUUGACUGAAAUUAAUACGUUGAAAUAGUUCUUAAAAGUAUAAAUUCACCACAAAUUCAGUGCACACAUAUGUAAGUGAGGGCGCGAUCAGUAUUUUCCUACGAUACAAGUCCAAAAUGUCAGACAUCGAUAAAUGGAUGGAAAUUGCAAAAGAAUGCAAAUAUCUCCCUGAAAAUGAUCUUAAGAAACUUUGUGACAUGGUAUGUGACAUACUAUUAGAAGAAUCUAAUAUUCAACCAGUCUCUACUCCUGUAACAGUAUGUGGAGAUAUCCAUGGCCAGUUUUACGAUCUAGAAGAAUUAUUCCGUAAUGGAGGCGCUGUGCCUGAAACAAAUUAUAUAUUUAUGGGAGAUUUUGUAGAUAGAGGGUAUUAUAGUGUAGAAACAUUUACCCGCCUACUCACACUUAAAGCUAAAUGGUCUGAUAGAAUAACAUUACUUCGAGGAAAUCAUGAAUCCAGACAGAUUACUCAUGUUUAUGGUUUUUAUGAUGAAUGCCAAAACAAAUAUGGCAAUGCUAAUGCAUGGAAAUACUGCUGUAAAGUGUUCGAUUUACUUGCAGUUGCUGCCUUAAUUGAUGAACAAGUACUUUGUGUACAUGGUGGAUUGUCUCCAGCUAUUAAAACAUUAGAUCAAAUUAGGACGAUUGAAAGAAAUCAAGAAAUUCCACACAAAGGUGCUUUUUGUGAUUUGGUUUGGUCAGAUCCAGAAGAUGUUGAUUCGUGGACUAUUAGUCCGCGUGGAGCAGGCUGGUUAUUUGGAAGUAAAGUAACAUAUGAAUUUAUGGAAAUCAACGAUCUUAAACUUAUUUGUAGAGCUCAUCAAUUGGUUCAUGAAGGUUAUAGAUACAUGUUUAAUGAUAAGCUUGUAACAGUAUGGUCAGCUCCAAAUUAUUGUUAUCGUUGUGGUAAUGUAGCUAGUAUUUUACAGUUCACAACUGUCGAUCAGAGAAACCCAGUGCUAUUCCAGGCAGUGCCUGAUUCUGAAAGAGUAAUUCCACCUUUAAAUAUCACACCGUACUUUUUGUGAUCUAACCUAGUGUUCCAUUUGUUUGGAUGCAGAAAGGUAGUAUCUGCGUCUAGACGUUACGAAAUUACAUGACUGUUUCUUCAUGUUGAUGGACACAGGCUGGUACUUUGACGGAGCAUUAUAUUUUCGAACAUGGAUUAAAGUAUGAUACAUUAUUUAGAAUUUUAAUUUAAAAAAUUUUUUUAUGUUUUUACAAGAAAACAUAUUUUUACGCGUUUUUUAAGAAAUUUAUCCAUUUUUGUAUGUUAAGAAAUUAACUUUUAUAUAUCGUGCGCCUGCCAUUGCAUCAGCCUGAUUCUCCUAGUUUGAAAAAUGUUUCGCAUUGAAAUAAAUGCGAACACUGUGGUCUAGACGCUUUUGCUGUCUACUGUGUACAUUCUGUAGAGCAUUCGCAUCUCAGAGCAGUAUUUUGAACGUAUAGUUCGAAGAACUUCUAAAUAAGUUACGAACACCAACAACAAAAGGUUCAGCAAUGUAUGAAUGAAUAAAUGAAAAACCAUUUAAACAUUCCGAAGUGGGAGAGCCUCUGAGUAUAGUGAAUGCUUAAUUGAUAUUAUGAUCGUUGUGCGUAGAAUUCAGGUUUAUUAAAGCGUGAGCAUAUAUACUACUGUUAAGGUCUUCCUGAGUAUGUAAUUGAUCUGUUUCUGGUUUAGAUACUGUGUGUGCUGCGUGCAAUUCUUUUUAUUCUAGAUGCGCAAUCAGUGUUCUUAGCAGCAUAAAGUCGGCAGUUCUGCCGAGGUACAAAUAGUAUGUAGCAGUAGCCAAAGUUUUCCUGUCUAGGUAAGGAAAUUGAGUAGAAAAAUUGUAUUAUAUAAUAGAAGUUUUGUUAUUAUUUUUAUGCACAUGACAAUUUUAUAUUUCAGUCUCUUUUUUUCCUUCUUACGGGCUCAAAAUACUAUCUGCAAAAUAUCUUAAAAAGUAUUGAAAUUUUUUCAUAGUAUCGGCCUUUUUAGCCAUGUUCUACUUUUAUGUGUACAGAGCAAUAGUUUGAAUAUUAUUAUAUUCUCGGAAUCUUUGUACAGUUUCCACAUUAUAUGCCAAAUCGCUGUCAUACUGAAUAAUUAUAAUAGCUAGAUUGUCAUAAGUUCAUUAAUGUAGGGAGCAACUUUUAAGAACCAAGACCCUUAGCAAUGUGCCUCUAAAUUAAUAAGCGUUUGUGUAAUAUAAUGAUACGAUAUUGAUACAUAAUUAAUGGAACGCACCGGCCAUUGCGUAUCAUAAGCCUGAAUUCUGACCAUCGAUUUGCUAGCUCAUGAUAUUCCUAACCGAUCACAGACCCAACAAAUAUGGCAUUGGCAUUGGCACUGGCUGUCAAGUUGAAACUACUCUAUUUUGAGUUUUGUGAUAUAGUUCAAGCGAGGCAUGUGAAAAUUGCAUCGAUGUUUGUAACGAUUUUCCAUGUCGGAUCGUUUGAAAAUGUUUUGAAGACUUGUUAUUUCAAAAAAAUAAAAAAAAAAAAAAAUAAAAAUAGUCAACUUUUGAACAGUGCCUUCAGAACUAUAACACGACGGUCUACUAGAAGUAAAUACUUUCUACUGACGGAUAAUCAUAGACGAACUAGGACGGAUCUUAUAAAUAACAGAGAGCUUAACAAGAGCGUGUAUAAGGAAUUCUCUUCACUUUUUUAUAUUCCAGAAAAUGUUAUUAACAAUUCCUUUAUCAUAUUUCGACUUUUAUUAUAUUAUCUCGUAAGAUAUUUCGGCGUCCAAUUCAGUGAUUGCUUUACAUGAUACUUUUUACAUUUUACAAUAUUAUCGAUAAAAAAUACGAUUUAUAUAUAUAAUAUAUAUGCAGAUUGUUACAAUAUGCAAUUAUACGAUUUUACAUUAAUCACUGCUUUGUAUUUACAUUAUUGAUAUUAUAUUAGAUAGAACAUUACACAAGGCAAGACACGGAGUUUACGUUACAAACUCGAUCUGUCGGUUUUGCAGCCUCUAUUAUCGUAAAACGGCGGGUGAUGCGUGAGAAUGCCUACGUAGUACGGAUAUCCUAGGAAUUCGUAAAAGUAUUAGCUUCUGUGUCUACCUAGGUAUUCACAGCAGUCACUUUUGAAAUGCCUCUGUCUGUGAUCGCUUUAAUCUUAUCGAAGUGUCCAAGCGCUUGCGAUGAUUUACGUCGGUAAGCUCACAGGAAUAAAGACAAUGACAUUAAAUAAUGAGACUACUUUAGCUUAAUAAACGUUUUGUGCAGGAGCUUGAACACUGCGCAUAAUUCUUAAAGAUCUCACAGGUAGACAACAUUUUAACGAUCAUGUACCUUGAAAGUAUAGAUUUUGUUAUGUUAAUGUAAUGAAACGUCUGUAAUAAAAAUGCGCAAAAAUUGCAA